AUGCAUUUCUUUACUGAUUCUAUCCAAAACCAGAAAUCAUUAUAUUUUCAGGUAUUCAUUCUGGCGUGCUCCUUAUUUCUUGAUGUUUCCUGCUUUUAUGGUUGGUUCUUUAAUGAAUACGAGGAAGCAUGCCCAUAUCGAGAUGGCGCUUAUCCGUAUUAUUUUGGGACGACGCAUCUCCGCUGCAUCUUACAUCAUCACAAAGGACAUCAUCACAGAGAAAGACGUAGUGCCCCAUCUAGAUGGCCUUAUAUCCCCAGCCACAGAUUCAUAGAAUAUAGAGGAUAUUAUUAUGAUUUCCAAAGUAAUUCGAACGUGUCGAUUGCUACCAGUCGGUUAAGCGGAGAUGUAUGUUCUGGGGCAAAAGAAAAAUUUCCAGCAGGUUACAGCGAACUAAGCUCCGAAUGUAUUGAGGGUUGUGCCAAAAAUUACAGAUGUAAGUUUGGUAAUUACAGCCUCUGGUCUAAUAAUUGUCACAAAUUUGCUAACCGGAUGUCUGAGGUUCUGUGUAGAAGAGGCACAACCUGUCCUGACUGGUGUAAAGGAAGCUGUAAUGAUGUGGAGUAUAAUUGACAUUUGAAAAGAAAAAUGAAAAUGGGUAUAAUGUGAAACGUGAUGCAUCAACAAAUAGUUUAAUAGUUAAUUUGUACAUUUUAUGUUCAUUUACUUUGGUAGAAAUUGUGAAUAUGUGGAAUUCGAAACAUCAAAUAUGAAA